CUCCUCCUCCUCCUCCGGUUCGUGUUUUCUUUUUUUUUCAUGGUGCGGUGUGUUCAGGGACAUGCUCUGUCUGUGAGAUUUUUUUAUAUAUUUAUUUGCCGGGGACUCUUAAGGUCGAGCAGGGCAUCAUGACUUUUAAAUAACCACCAUGCAACAACAACCACCGGUGUUAUAACACGACUCGUCCCGCCCGGCAGCUCCACCAGCACCACCAGCACCGCUGCACUUCACCCAGCCCUCUCCAGGGAAAACUGCCACCACCUGCCGACGCCUCUCGCACCAUAUGACCGUCUCAAAGAUGACAUGGCGUCCUCAGUACCGCAGCUCCAAGUUCCGCCACGUGUUUGGUAAGGCCGCCACCAAGGAGGGCUGCUAUGAUGGCGUGCCAAUCACACGCAGCGUCCAGGACAACAACUUCUGCGCUGUCAACCCACGUUUCCUGGCAGUAAUCACUGAGUGUGCCGGGGGAGGAGCCUUCCUGGUCCUGUCAGUCCAUCAUACAGGUAAAGUUGAUCCUCACCACCCGCGAGUCUCCGGCCACAGAGGAAACGUGUUAGACGUCAAAUGGAAUCCGUUCAACGACUACUGCAUCGCCUCGUGCUCCGAGGACACCACGGUGAAAGUGUGGGAAAUCCCUCCUCAUGGCGUGAUGAAGAACCUCACAACAGCGUGGAAGGAGCUUCAGGGUCACAGCCGCAGAGUGGGCCUCAUCGAGUGGCACCCAACUGCUAACAACAUCCUCUUCAGCACAGCCUAUGACUACCAGGUGAUGAUCUGGAACCUGGACUGUCCCGAGCAGGUGAUAAAGAACCCUGUGCGGACCAUCAGCCACCACACAGACGUCAUCCUCUCCAUGUCUUUCAACACAGACGGCAGCCUCUUCGCCACCACCUGCAAGGACAGGAAGAUCCGACUCAUGGAGCCUCGCUCAGGAAACCUACUGCAGGAAGCCAAUCCUAAGACGCACAAAGCCAGUAAGGUGCUGUUUCUGGGUAACAUGAAGAUGCUUUUCACAUCAGGAACGUCACGUUGGAACGAUCGACAGAUUGUUCUGUGGGAUCAGGACGACCUGUCUGUGCCUUUGUUAGAGGACAAUCUGGAUGGUUCGUCUGGAGUACUUUUCCCUUUCUACGACCCCGACACACACAUGCUCUACCUUGCUGGGAAGGGUGAUGGAAAUAUAAGAUACUAUGAGAUCAGCUCAGAAAAACCGUACAUCCACUACCUAACAGACUACCGCUCACACCUACCUCAGAAAGGAAUGGGUGUGAUGCCAAAGAGAGGUCUGGAUGUGAGCUCCUGCGAGGUGUUCAAGUUCUACAAACUGGUGACAAUCAAGAGUCUCAUUGAGCCUCUUUCAAUGAUCGUACCCCGCAGGUCGGAGUCAUACCAAGAAGACAUCUAUCCAAUGACGGCCGGUAACAAGCCUGCUCUAACUGCAGAGGAGUGGCUCAGCGGCAUCGAUAAAGGCCCAGUGUUGAUGUCUCUGAAGCCUGGGAGUCAAAUAGCAGAGUCGUACACAGAGAUGAGUAAGGGGCUCGGAAACUCAGCGGACACCCGCAGGUCUCACAGCCGACCCGGCAUGCUGCAGCUGGCGUACAUUCAGGAUCAACUGGGAACCAAAGACGGCAAAGAGGACAGCAGCAAUACGGAGGAGGACAGGAGUCGGACACCUGUCCACAACGGGGAAGACUUUGCACUUUGCUCGCCACCCAAGACGGAGAGUGAGCUGCGUCUGAAGUUUCACAAGCAGCAGGAGGAGAUCCGGCGGUUGAGGGAGCUCCUGAACCAGAGGGACGUGCGCGUCACACAGCUGGAGCUGGAGAUUAAGAACCUCAAAAACACCCAGUCUCACCCGAGCUCACUUUAAGACUUGCCCGACCCUCGUGGGUCACCUUCACCCCCUCGUGGAACACAUGCAUUACUGUAAAAACUUACUAACCGCUUCUUCAAACCACCACACCUCUUCUUAGGGUCUCACCUCGUAUACUCACUGCACAGGGGUGAAUUCAACCUCAACUUUGUGUUUUCUUUGUCUGUCAUUUCCACACAAGGUGCACAUAUUCUUUGUUUCAUGUAAAUACACUCAAACACUGAGUAUCACCCAGCUGUCACAUGAUUUAGAACUCUUUGCACCUGUUGACUUUCACCCCUUUUCUUUUUUACGCUUCACAGCUAUGCAAGUUAAUUGUAAUUUUUAACUUUUUUAUGCUCUUUGUAGCUGAGGGGUAAAAAAGGAUGUCUGUGCCUGUCUUGACUGAAUGAUGUGGCUGUCUGCGUGUUGUUUGAAAGUUGUUGCAGGGCCGGAGCAGACAUCCUGUGUGAUUGUAUGAUAAUGCUGAAUUUAUUUUCUAUGCUUGGUGAUUUUUUUUUUUGUUCAAUAUUUAAACUACUGUAAGUGGAGAUAGCUGUGGUAUUUUAAUGUGCGUGUGCUUGAAUGAGAGCGAGCUAAAUGAAUGACGAUAUCAUGAUCCCAGCGGUGUUCUUGCGUUCCAUAGAGCUGCAUUGGUUUUAAUUUAAUUUUUUUUAUUUUUGAAUGACUGGAAAAUUGGUGAAAAAUGAAUCUGUCUCACAGCAGCUAUUGUGUAAGCCAAUUAUGUAACUGAUGCCAUGUAGCAGUUCUUAAUUUUUGUAUUUAUUUUAAAAUGCAGUCAAAUCAAAUCAAGUACUUGAAUCUGGAUUGUAAUUUUGCAAAAUACAGCACACACAAAAA